GUAAGAUAAAGGGCUCAAUGUUGGUUUUUGCCUAUCUUUGCGUAGACGGGGCGGGAAAAGCUAACUGAUUCUUCUUCUUCUUCUCUCACUCAAGUCUCAUACUCUGAUUCCACUCUGCGCAAAACCUAAGUAAAGUCGAUUUCUGAAGAUGGGGAUAAAGGGUUUAACAAAGCUUCUAGCCGAUAAUGCACCCAAGGCCAUCGAGGAGCACAAAUUCGAGAGCUUUUUCGGCCGAAAGAUCGCCAUUGAUGCUAGCAUGAGCAUCUACCAUUUCCUUAUUGUGGUGGGAAGAAGUGGGACUGAAAUGCUUACUAACCAGUCAGGUGAAGUCACCAGUCAUCUACAGGGCAUGUUCACUCGUACUAUUCACCUACUUGACGCUGGGAUUAAGCAUGUCUAUGUGUUCGAUGGGCAGCCUCCAGAUUUGAAAAAGAAAGAGCUUGCAAAACGUUACUCGAAGAGGGUAGAUGCUAUGGGGGAUUUGGCAGAAGCCGUGGAGUCAGGUAGUAAGGAAGACAUUGAAAAAUACAGCAAGCGGACAGUCAAGGUGACAAAGCAGCACAAUGAGGACUGUAAAAGACUUUUAAGACUCAUGGGUGUGCCUGUGAUAGAUGCCCCUUCGGAAGCAGAGGCUCAAUGUGCUGCACUUUGCAAGUUGGGAAAGGUUUAUGCAGUAGCUUCUGAGGACAUGGAUUCUUUAACUUUUGGAGCUCCUAGAUUCCUUCGCCAUUUGAUGGAUCCUGGUUCAAGAAAAGUCCCUGUAAUGGAGUUUGAAGUUGAAAAGAUUCUUGAGGAGUGAAUCUUACCACGGAUCAAUUUAUUGACUUAUGCAUUCUUUCUGGAUGUGAUUAUUGUGAAAGCAUUUGGGGCACUGGGGGACAGACAGCUUUGAAACUAAUUCAUCAGCAUGGCAGUAUAGAGAAUAUAAUGGAGAAUAUAAACAAAGAUAGGUAUCAAAUACCUGAAGAUUGGCCUUAUCAAGGAGCUUGACAGCAUUUUAAAGAACUAUUGGUCCAUUCUGGUGAUGAACAACUUGAUCUUAGGUGGACUGCUCCAGAUGAGGAAGUGACUGUCUCAUUAUCCUGAUUGAAUGCUCUGUUCCAUAUAUUUAUUAAUAUUAUUUUUUGGUUUGUACAUCCUUGGAACAUAUAAAGGGUUACCUUAUUUUGCCUCUUUCUAUUUAACAGGGGUUGAUUGCCUUUUUGGUGAAUGAAAAUGGCUUUAACAGUGACAGAGUGACAAAGGCAAUAGAGAAAAUUAAAGCAGCAAAAGACAAGUCAUCACAGGGUCGACUAGAGUCAUUUUUUAAGCCUGUUCAAAGCACAUCUGUACCUACUAAGCGGAAGGGAACCAAAUGCAUGCUUCAAUCUCCCAAACCAACUGUCAAGUCUAAGAUAUUCUCUCUGCAAGUUUGUAAUAUUCUGAGGCCCUACUGUGUUGGCAGCCAAAGCCUGCCAACUCUAGGUCUACAUUCCAAGCACUCAGUACCAUUUUCUAGAGGUCUCUGCUUCAACGCAUGAUGCCGAAAACCCUGGAAACGCCAGAGAACACCUGUAAAGAAACUUCUAAUAAAAAGUCCAAGGCUGUUGGUGGUAAGAAAAAGAGGUUAUCAUAGCUGCAUUUUAUCAGGAGGUAGCUUUGUUGGAGCUCAGAAGCAAGAAAACAGAAGGUGAAAAUCAAGGAGAGAUCAACAGGAAGAGAGAAAAACCAGAAAUAAACAUUAAAAGGAAACAUGAAAACCAUACGUACUUCGUUCUUCUCUUUAUUAUUAUACAUUGGUAGUAGGUGAACAAUUUACAUAAAAAAUAUUGUACAUAUCACACUGCAAUAAAAGAUACACUAUAUU